CAAAACCACCACCCGCAUACUGACGAUUGUUUGAUUUUGGCUGCACAAUCUUCUACGUUGGCAGUAUAUCGUUGACGAGGAUUGAAGAGUAGCAUUGGGAAUACUCUUUGUUUUAUUGUAUUUUGCAUAUUCCUCUCUAGAACUACACACGUCCGUUCACUUCCUGUUGCCGCAAAAUUUUCCUGCAAGAUGGCGUCCGACGAGAUUGUCUGGCAAAUUAUUAACCAGCAGUUCUGUGCUUUCAAGCUCAAGACCGAAAAGAACCAAAACUUCUGCAGAAACGAGCACAAUGUCACAGGUCUUUGCAACCGCCAGUCAUGCCCGCUGGCCAACUCGCGAUAUGCCACAAUCCGCCAACACCCGACAAAACAGACCAUCUACCUCUACAUGAAGACUGUCGAACGAGCGCAUCUGCCGUCCAAGAUGUGGGAGCGCAUCAAGCUGUCCAACAACUACACCAAGGCCCUCGAGCAGAUUGACGACCGCCUCAUCUACUGGCCCAAGUUCCUCAUCCACAAGUGCAAGCAGCGUCUCACCCGCCUUACACAAGUCCAGAUCCGCAUGCGACGCAUUGCCGCUGAGGAAGAGCGUCUGGGCGAGAAGCUGGUGCCCAAGCUGGCGCCCAAGGUCAAGGCCCGCGAGCGUGCUCGUGAGCGCAAGGCCGAGGCGGCUGCUAAGCUCGAGCGCACUAUUGAGAGAGAGCUGGUGGAGCGCCUACGCCAAGGAGCCUAUGGCGAUCAGCCCCUCAACGUCAGUGAAGAGAUUUGGCGCAAGGUGCUCAACGCCAUGGAGCGCGAUGGCCAGGGUCUCCGCGACGAGGACAUGGACCAGGGCAUUGAGGACGACGAAGAGGAGGACGAGGAUGCCGAGUCUGAGGAUGACCUUGAGAAGGGCGUCGAGUAUGUCUCUGACCUCGACGAGAGUGAGGAGGAGCUUGCGGAUCUCGAGGACUGGCUUGGUAGCGAGGACGAAGACGAGGAGGAGGAAGAGGAUGACGAAGAAGACGAUUCGGAAACCGAAAAGGCCGGCGCCAAGAGAAAGAGAGGCCGUGUCACCAAGGUUGCGGCCAAGAAGGCCCGCCAGGGCGAGAAGGAGAAGCUCACCAUCACCAACGAGCUUGCCUGGUAAGCUGCAGUGGUGGUGGUGGUGGCAGCAGCAGCAGCAGCAGCACCAAUGAUAAUGUGUUGUGCUGUGUAUCUACAUAUUACCCUUCUUUUGCGCAUGUGCAUAUAAAGUUGUUUGCAUGUCUUUGCUUUGGACAUUACAUAGCGGCGUUCUGGGAAACGGUUGGCAGAAAAAAAAAGUUUCUUCUUUUCAUUUUUAUUCCCGUCUUUGUUGAUACGGUGUAUGUAAAGGGUAUUGUGCUGUCCUGUAGUAGCAACUGCACCUACUAUAUCUGCGGCAGCCUUGGUUUAUGUAGCCAGCCAGCAUCACAACUAGAAGACAAAAGAAUAUUAUUGAAAUUCGGCCAAAUGAAAUUCUACCCACAAUAAUUG